AUGGCGAGAGCUCCCAUAUCUGAAACCUUGAUUCUGGGCAUUACGCCCAACCACCGGAUCGUGCCGGCAGCAGACAACCAUCCUCAUAUCCAGAAGGGGAUGCUGAGUCCGGAGAUACCUGAUCCGGGGCUCCCCGCCCACACCACAACCCGCGGCCUGCACGGGUGGGAGCCGCGGAGACACGGCCGCUCUCCCGGUUCUCAGGCUGAAGAGGGGACACUCACACACUGCUCCCCCCCCCCCAUGGACCGGCGGGGAUAUCCCGGUCCCCGCCAGUAUGGAAAACUACAAGUCGAGACAUCAUAG